GUUGUCAUUGAACCCUAUUGGCAAGUUGGGUUAGUUUUGAAAAGAUAGUGAAAUUUUAAAUUGUUAUAGAGAGAGAGGAACUUCAAAGAAGCUUUUUUCAUCAAUAAAAUGGAGAUUGAAGAUCUUGGUCACUUGCCUAACGAUGAAAGUGUAAUAUUUGGUCAUAAGGUCUGCCAAACCCGUAAUGCGAAGUGGCUUUGUAUAAGCGAUAUUUACCAGAAGUUCCACCGACCCAACUUCUAUGAUAUUGGCGGAACUUAUAUCGAAGAUAUUGCAGACUAUUGGUUCAUGUACAAAACGGAACAGAUCUCUAACAUCUUUCUUCUACAUAUAUUUGUUUACGAUCGUCAAGAAAAUAAAUUCGGCCUUGCUAUUAGUCGAAAUGCUGAGAAUAUGAAAAUCGACAAUAAGAAUGCAGCUGUUUACCUUACCCAGUCUUUGGUAGAACAUAGGUUUAAAAGAUCGAAAGAAAUCUCUCAAAACUAUGUUAUAACAUUCAGCUUUUCAAGCUAUGACAUUGAUUUAGUUAAAGACAGAAGUCUUUAUAUAUUCAUCUCAUUUGAUUCUUUAGAGCAUAAAGGUAGUUGCCAGGGUUUUAUUGACCAAGUAAAGAUCAAUCAUGAUUUCAAAGCAUUACUGUUUGAUCCUAUUGGAUCUGACUUCACUAUAGAGUCUGCAGAUGGUGUGAAAUUUCAAGUACACAGGGUUAUAUUAGCAGGUUAUAGUGAUGUGUUCAAAGCUAUGCUAAAAGAAGAAACUGCAGAGAGUCAAAAUAGUUAUGUCAAACUUGUAGAUGUUGGCAAUGAAGAUCUGCAAUGUAUUCUGGAAUGCAUUUAUACAGGAACAAUAAGUAAUUUGGAAAACUGUAACUGCAUCAACAUGCUGAUGCUAGCCGAUCGUUAUAACUUGAAAGGUUUGAGGGAGCUGUCUCAAUAUGCUCUUUCUGAGAGGAUGUCUGUUGAAAAUGCCUUGGAGAUAUUAAUUGUUGCAGACUCAUACAACUCGGAGACACUGAAAACUGCAGCAUUGAAAUUCAUCAAGAAGAAUACUAUGUGUAUUCAAACUAGUACCUUUAAAGAAAUAAACAACCCUGAGUUAUUACGUCAUUUAUGUGAAUAUAUAAUUCCUUCAUAGGCUUCAUGAUUGAGUUUUAGCUCUUCACAAUCCAGACAUGUUGUGGAAUCAAUUAUAAAAUGACAAUGCAAUUACGUGUACAGGACUGAUACAAGAACUCAUUUAUCUGUGAUUGCUUUUAUAUGGGUUAGUUGCAUAUGUAUAAGAGAUAAUGUAACAAAAAUAUAGGUGUAAAUU